AUGUGUAUAUUUUUAUACUUAGCCGCACAAGUAUUGACUGAUGACAUAAACGUUCUUACUUUCAAAGAGUUAUUUCCUGAAUCUAAAGUGGUCGACAGGGCGAGUUAUGACGAUGGAACUAUAUUAUUACGUGUCACGAGAUCGAGUAAUAAUUUAAUGGAUUGUAAUUCUCAAGGAGUAAAUUUAAGAUUGAUCCACCCGGAUGGAACAAUUUCUUCUAUUGAUUUGAAUGUAUCAAUACCUAAUCUAAAUUAUUGUUUGAUAACUGGAAACAUGUUCACUAAAAGACCAAUAAUCAAUAAUUCUGUUACUUCGACAUUGGGUAUCACUAAUAAUGAUAUUACCGAUAAAGCUUCGGAUGCUAUAAGAAUUUAUGCAAUAACAGAUCAAUAUAUACUUGUAACUUAUUUCUGUAAGUUGCCUGACUCUUUUGAUAUUUGUGGUCUCUUGUUGACCUGGGAUUCGCGUGUUCUUAGCAACGCAACCACGGGUGCGAUUAAUGUUAUUUCGAAUGGAACAUUGAAUAACAUCGCUCGUUUUAAUCGUGACAUCUCUAAAAUUUUUCCCAUUGAAGAUGGAGGAUACGGGAUAAUCAUCACCAAAUAUAAUGACACCACCUAUUCAAACUUCAACUUUCCAGUGACAAUAUAUGUCACUUUCAUCCCAGCUCACGGAACUGAUACAAAAGGUCCAUUUCAGAUAUAUACACGAUCAAUUGAUAUUAUAACAACCAUAAAAAUAGUUGGUUGUCACAUUUCCUAUGUUUUUCUUGGAUACAACUGUUUGAUAUAUAUUAAUCAUGCUUCAAACAUAAUUCUUGUUGAUGUAAAUUUUUUAUCUUCUGGAUCAAUAAUGUCCACUCACGAAUUUAUUAUUGAUCCGAUCACAUCGGAUGUAUGGAAUGUUUUACCCUUACAUUAUGGUGGAAAUUGUAUAAUGGCUAUAAAUAUGACAGAUGAGUCUGUUACUGGUAUAAUAUAUAGUGAUGGUAAUUUUCACGGUCUUGUUCUCUACGGGAAUGUAUUUAUUCAAAAAACUUUUCCAUCAAUAAAUUCAACAAUAUCACCUACAAAUAUCACGACAGUUACCAUAACAUUUCUUAAUGACAUUAAAAUGUCUGAUGGGAACAUUAGCAUAUGGGAAUUCAGUGAAUUUCGCAGUAUUCUUCGUCAAUCAUUCUCUGGAAGUCAAUCUCAAUAUAUUCAUUUAUUUAGAAACAAAACUGUAGUUGCUACUGUACUAUCUAGCACAUUUAACAAAGUGAAUUCUAUAUAUUAUGUUACGGUUGAUAAUGGUUUCGUUAAAGAUGCUAAGGUUGAUCAACAACUUUUAGGAGUAAAGUCAACAUUAUGGAAUUUUACCACAGAUUUUUCCUUGGGAAAUGACAAGGACGAUGGUAAAAUGUUAAUUUGUGUAUGGACUCUCAUGAUGUUACAUAAGGUUCAAUGUGCGUUAAGCGGAAUCUCCUCUACCGGUAUUGAGGACGUGAUUCUUGCCAUCGUUCGAUUUACUCCAGAAGGAUCAACGUUUUAUGAAAAUCUUUCAUCACAGGAACAGUCCGAAUUUUCUACUGGCUUUUCUAGACAAUUAGCAAGCAUAAUUCCAUGUGAUACGGCAAGAAUAUCAACAACUAAAAAAUAUCAAUAUGAUAGAAGUGCUUCAGAAAGCCAAAUCUUAUUUCGCGUAUAUAUUGGUAGACCUACAAGUUCAUCUGAGAUCAAUUCCGAUAAAAUAAUACAAGAUAUGGAUACUUUGAUCCGAAAUAAAGCUGUCACGCUGAUUUCAAAAAGGUCGAAUACUGUUUAUUUAGACUCUUCUUUUGGAUGUUUCAGAGCUC